UCAGAAGGCAACAAGAUGCAGUUUUGGAUAACUUUGACAUUUGCAUUGCUGGCGGCUGGCGUAGGCGGCACUGCCUCGGCUGAUGCUCCGCAAGCAGCGGCGCCUGCUGUGCAACGGUUCCGAGUUACCCCCCACGAUCUGCAGAUACUGGAGGGCACCGAUACGCUGAUGCGCUGCGAGGUGGAGUCGCGCGCCGGCAAGGUUCAAUGGACAAAGGAUGGCUUCGCGCUGGGCUUCUCGGCCGUCAUUCCGGGCUUUCCGCGCUACUCGGUGCUGGUGGACAAGGCGCACGGCACCUACAACUUGCAGAUUAAGAAUGCCACGCUCGAGGACGACGCCGAGUACCAGUGCCAGGUGGGCCCGGCAGCUGGCAAUCCGGCCAUACGCGCCAAUGCCAAGCUGAGCAUCGUGGCAGCGCCCAGCAGCAUUUCCAUCGAUGGCUAUGCACGCAACGCCAAGGUGGAGGUCAUCGAACGCCAGAACCUAACGCUGCAGUGCAUCACCGAGAAUGCUAAUCCGGCGGCGGAGAUUGUCUGGUAUCAGGGCGAGACGCCGUUGACAUUGGAGCCCAUUGUCUCAGUGAAUCAAACGUCAGCGAAGCGUUUCCGCACCAGCUCCACAUUGCAUCUGCAGCCACGCGCCCAGGACGACUACAAGGAAUACUCCUGCGAGGCGCGCCACAAGGCGUUGCCCCCGGAUGUGCCCAUGCGCGCUCAAGUCCAGCUCUCUGUGCUAUAUCCACCCGGACCGCCAUUCUUUGAGGGCUACAGCCAAGGCGAGACCUUGCGCCGCGGCCAGGAGUUGCAAAUUGCGUGCCGCAGUCGCGGCGGCAAUCCGCCGGCUCAGUUGGUCUGGUAUCGCAAUGGCGAGGUCGUCAAUUCGCCCCAACGCACCUCGGGUCGCCUCUCGGAGAAUGUCUACAAGUUUACGGCGAAUGCCUCGGACAAUGGCGCCAAUCUGGUCUGCGAGGCCAAGAAUCUGCUAUCGAAUACGCCGCUGCGGGCCGAGCUCAAUCUAACUGUUCUAUACGCACCGAAGGAUGUCUUUCUGAGCGGCGCCACCCAGGCCAAGGUGGGCGAUGCAGUGCAGCUGAGCUGUGUGACGGCUCCCUCGAAUCCCCCGGCGCGUAUCAGCUGGUCCAUGAACGGACGCCCCCUGACCAACAGCACCUUCAAGACGACGAGCAGCGCUGACGGCGGCUGGGUGAGCAGCUCCAACAUCACCCUGAACAUCGAUUCUCAGAGUCGCACGUUCAUCGCUGUUUGCCAUGCGCUCAAUGCGGAGCUCUCCCAGAAUGUUGUGGGCUCCCACACAGUGAAUGUUUUGUAUCCGCCCUCGCCUCCACUGCUGACCGGCUACAAUGACGGCGAUAUACUCAUCUCCGGCUCGAUCCUGAAACUGCAGUGCAGCUCCGCUGGCGGCAAUCCUCCCCCGACUCUGCAGUGGUACAAGAACGAUAAGCGCCUCAAUGCCGCCUCCAAGGUGACCGACAACAAAAUCAGCUCGGAGCUGUCGCUGCUGGUGAAUGCCUCCGACAAUAAUGCCAUCUACAAGUGUGAGGUGCAGAAUGCAGCCAUCGAGAUCCCGUUAUUCGCCACUAAGACUCUCGGUGUGCAUUUUCCGCCGGAGACUGUCAAAAUUAGUGUGUCGCCCAAGAACCUGGUGCCCGGCAUCCGGGCCAAGCUCAUCUGCGACUCCAGCUCCAGUAAUCCGCCGGCCAAAAUCAGCUGGUGGAAGGAUGGCAUACCUGUGGAGGGCCUCAACCUGGCCAACAGGCCCGGCCUCUGGGGCGGCUCGGUGUCCACCCUCGAGAUGCACGUGAACAUCACCCAGGACCUCGAUGGCUCCAUCUACACCUGCCAGAGCCACAACGAAGUGCUGCAGCGCAGCGUUCACGAGACCAUCAGCCUGGACAUACUCUUUCCUCCCAAGUUCGAUGUCGCGCAGAUAACCAGCUUUGUGGGUGUCGAGGGCUCGCCGCUGCAAGUCGAGCUGCAUGCGAGCGGCAAUCCAAUGUCGAUUAGCUAUACCUGGACCAAGGACGGUCUGCCCAUUAGCAGCAACCCGUUGAGCGGCCAGCGGCUGGUAUCGGAUGGACCCAGACUCAAUAUAAGUCGGCUCAGCCGCAACGAUGCGGGCGUCUAUGUGUGCGAGGCCCUCAACACACAAGGCACAGCCCUGCUGGAGAUUCAAGUGAUUGUGGAAUAUGCACCCGUUAUUACCUCCGUCACCGAGGGUCAGAGCUUUGCGCCUGGCGAACAGGCUGUGCUGGCCUGUCAAGUGCAAGCCCGCCCCUUGGAGGCCGCCCAUGUGCGUUGGUCCCGACCCGGCUACGAUUUCGCCACUCGCACCACGUCCAGCUUCGAGAACAACACCGCGCUACUGCACAUCGAUAAUGUUCAGCGUGGCGAUAUUGGCAAUUUCACGUGCACUGUGGACAAUCAGCGCGGACCCCCAGCCUCCCAGAACGUGGUGCUUGUUGUGCAGACCUCGCCGGAGAUUGAUCACUCGCCGGCGUACACGCGCUUUGCGGCUCGCCUGGGCGUACGGGCUCAGCUCAUUUGCCGUGCCUUGGCCGCGCCCCAGCCCAGUUUCAUUUGGCGUCGCCAUGGCAAGGACCUGAAGAUGCAGCGACGCAACAAGUUCACCACCGUCGAGCGUCAGGUGGAUCCGCUCCACUUUGAGUCCGCCUUGCUUGUGGAGAGCACCUCGGCGGAUGACUAUGGGCAGUACGAGUGCGUCGUGCGCAACGCGAUGGGUCAGGCCAGCACCACACUGGAGUUCAGCAAGCCCACGCGCCCGGACACGCCCCUCCAGCUGCGGGUGGGCAAUGUGAGCGACACGAGCGCGGAGCUGAUGUGGACGCCGGGCUUCGAUGGCGGCAUGCAGGUCUACUACCGCGUGCGCGUCAAGCAGCACGGUGAGGACAAGUACAAGUAUGUGGACGCCAAGGUGGGACAACAGAACAUCACGCUGGAGAGCCUCAAGCCCGGCGGCACGUACUACUUCUCCGUGAUGGCGCACAAUGAGGCCGGCGGCAGCAAGUUCUUGCCCGACAUCAAGCUCAUCCUGAGCAAGGGCUCGCAGCCCCACUCGGCGGAAUAUACCGAAAAGGACGAGCUGCCCAAUGUCAUGAUCAUUGGCAUCACCUCGGCGGCCAUGGUGCUGUUGGUGCUGAAUGCGGCGCUGGUGGCCUGGUUCGUGAUACGCCGUCAGAAUAAGUCGCAGGGCGAAACGGAGCCCAGCAACGACGACGCCUACUCGAAGGAUGAUAAUCAGUCGGUCUAUAAGCUGCCCAUCACUGCAUUGCAGGCGGAUGUACAGAAAAAGGCGGCCGCAUCGACAUAUCUGGUGGAGAACGUCGACAUCAUUCAGUCAACGGCCUAUCCGCCCAAAUAUCAGGAGAGCUCCAUGUGCACGCCCCCCUACCCGCUGUGCAAUCCGGACUUCACGCGCACCCUGCCCAACCCGAAGCGGCAUAGUCAACGCAACAGCGCCACCGGCUUGAUCGAGGGCAUGCCCAUGCGGGCCAAGGACGACCACAUGCUGAUCUCCAAUGGCCUGUACAUACCCUCGCCCUCGCCCGCCUCCUCGCUGGUCAUCAAGGGCAGCUACAUAUCAUCGCCGUCGCCAGCGCCGCCAGCCGAUGGAUCCUACUUUAACAUGAGCGACAAGUACAUGUCCUAUCCGCCAGUGACCUACUAAGCCGCAUGACGAAAGCCAACAACAACAACUACAAACAGCGGCCAAGCCCAGCUGGACUGAUUGACAUCACACAUCACAACAAUACGACCGACCACAAAACGGCAGAAACAACUCCAACAUCGCACAUCGCAUAACAUGAAAUUGAAAUUGAGUCGAUUCAGUCAAUUGGAGGUUUUUGUUGCUGGGGCUUGGCUGCUUGGCUUGGCUGGGCUGCUGUUGCAAGUUUUUGUUUUCUGUUUAUAAUUAUUACUAAAUGACGUUGAUUAUUAUGAAGCGCAAAUGGAGGAAACAUGUUGAAUGUAUUUUGAGAAAAGACAUUUGCAUGCGGCGCUCGAAGGCUGUGAUAAGUACCUGUGUCCAAGGCUCUCCACUCUCAACUGGCUCGGCUCGGUUCGGCUAACCGCAUCACGAUACCCAGCACGCACAUCAAAACUUCGAUUCACAUCAAUCAAUGGCGUUGCCCAUGCCGAUGCCAAAGCCGAAGCUGAUGGCAAUGGAUUAGCCUUUGGGGCAGGUGCGCAACCCACUCUACAAAUGCUUGCCCCCCAUCCACACACACACACACACACACACACAUACACAAAUACUCUGACAACAAUGGACAGACAACCGCAAAUACAACAUUAAUGAAGGAACGAGACGAUGAAGAAGAAGAGGUAUAAAACGAAAACGAUGAAGAUGAUGAAGAAGAAGCUGCAGCAUUAGUAGAAACAACAAAACACUCAAAUAUUAAUUUGUAGGCAUUUUUCUCGAUAUUAAGUAGUAGCAAUUACGAUUUUUAGCAAUUAGCGUAAAUAUUAACGAGUCUGUUGAGUCGUGACUCAUUCUCAUUAGCAGUUGUUCAAGUUUAAGCUCUAGACAUACCAAUAUAUCUCUAUAUACUUCAUAUAAGCCCGAUAAGCGUAAAGAUUUUCAACCGAAGAAAAGCGAGAAGAAACAGCCAGCAAAAAAUUAAAACAAAAACAAACGAUUUGAAAUCAUAUGAAGGAUCAAUUCCUUAAUCAAUUAUAACAAAAAAAGUAAUUUUAAGCGUGACUUUCGCUAGAUUUAAGCGCCGAUUUAAAUUAGCUUAAGGUAUAUACACGAAACAUAUACAAAUGCAAAACAUAUAUACAUACAUACAUAUAUACCAUAUUUACACGAAUUCAACGASUUUUUAUCAUGCAUGACAAUAAAAUAUAUACAUGAUAAACAUAUGCGUACACGCGCAAGCGCCAAAAAUUAUGUUAAACAAAGCAGAAAAG